AUGAAAAAUAUAGAUAAUACUGAACCAAUAGAUAAAAAUAUAAAGGAAUCCAAAAAGAAGCAUAAAAAUAAAAAAAAAUCCUUAAAAACUCAAAAUAGCCCUAUUUUAUAUAAUAUAUCUACACCAUGUCAUAUAACGGCAUCUGAAACCAUAGAAAAGACAUAUAUUCAUGACGUAUAUUCAGCAAUUGCAGGUCAUUUUUCAGCAACACGUCAAAAACCAUGGCCAAUUGUUGAAAAAUAUCUAUUAAAUCAACCAGCAGGUUCACUUGGAUUAGAUGUAGGUUGUGGAAAUGGCAGAUAUCUUUUUCUCGUACAAAAUAUCUACUUAAUGGGUAUCGAUAGAUGUGAAGCCCUUUUACAGAUUGCCAAUGAAACAGGAGAAGCUCAUUUAAUAUCAGGAGAUGCAAGAUUAUUACCCGUUCGACCUAUUUUUGAUUUUGCAAUAUCAAUUGCAGUUAUUCAUCAUUUAACAACGGAGACGCAUCGAAUCGAUGCAUUACGACAAUUAUUAAAUAUACUUCGACCAGGAGGAACAGCAUUAAUAUUUGUAUGGGCAUUAGAACAACCUAAUUCACGCAGAGGAUGGAAUGAAUAUUCACCUCAAGAUAUAUUAGUUCCUUGGAUAAGUUAUACCAAGGUGAAGUCACGUGACAAAGAGUCAAAAGAUGAAGUAGUUGAAACAAAAAUUCAUAAAAGAUAUUAUCAUUUAUUUCGUAAAGGAGAAUUAGAGGAAUAUAUUGAAAAAGCAGGAGGAGAAGUAAUUGAAAGUGGAUAUGAACAUGACAAUUGGUGGGCUGAAAUGAAAUUAAGAGUGAAUAAAAUCGAAACAUAA